CGUACGUGAAAAGCACGAAGAGUUAUCCCAAAAGAAACUUUCCGAUUAAGCAUAGGCUAUUAUAAUAACACGAUUCAUUCCAGCACAGGACUAAAGCCAAGAGAGGUGUUCUACGGACUAAAGGACGGAGAAGAUCGACCACUGGAUGCUGCGAAAAUUUCAGAAAAUAGUCGAAAAGUUUAUGACGAAGCAACGCUGGCACUACAGAAAAAACAAUCGAAAGACCAUCAGUGGCACAACAAAAACCGAGAGGUUGAACCAUGCGUACAACCUGACGAGACCGUGUAUGUGGCACGGCAAGGAAUCAAAAGUAAAACCAAGGCAAAGUUCAAGCCUUAUAAGGUAGUCCAUGGUUACAGGAAGUCCUUCCAGGAUAACGCCAGAAGAGAGAUUCACAAAUCGAAAAUUAGAAGAAAGCAAAAAGCCUGAAUGUCCAUCCAUAAUCACACUUUAUCUUUUCUCAUUUUAGAUGUUCAACUUCAUCCUCCUACUCAUCGGACUAGUACAAACCACUCGGACCGAGGUGGUUCUGACUGACUUGACAAGACAUCCAGGGAUAGUGGCAUUCCAGGAACGCGAGGCAAAAAUUAUCCAAAAUCAUCAUUUACACUUACACGUCAUCAAACUAGAGACAUUUCAAAGUUACAUAGAUAAUUUGAAAUACACUUUGAAAUCUCUCGAACACAGCGACAAAGCUGGAGAAUUACAAGAAAUCCUGCAAAUAAGGAUGAAUGGAUUGUUGGAAUCCUUUAGCAAACUCGGCUCAUUCAUAAAGCUACUCUCAGAAAAAGAGUGUCAGAUAGUAGAGCAGUACAGGGUGUGUACGAGAAAAGACCUCCUGGACAUCAACGACGACCAAUGCAUUGCUAAUGCACUUCAAGGCACCGAAGCGGCCUGCGAUUAUAAGGAGAUCGAAGACAGAGCAGAAGUCCGACAGAUAAACAGUCACACGGUAAUUAUCAAGAAUGCAAUAGAGCCGAUCAAUAUAAUUUCAGAUGAAUGCAGCCUAAGCACGAGAAAUAUCACUGGAACUGUUAUGGUGACUUUCGAAAGGUGCUCUCUGGUCAUUAACGGCACGCUGUAUAAAGCCGAGGAGACUAUGAGCGAACAUAAGUUGACGUUAAUCCCAAUGUUCGGAAUAACCUUCCAAGAAACCUCUAUACAGAGAGAAGUUGACGUGCACAAAUUAAACCUAAUGCACAUUACGAAUCUCAACCACGUUCAACAACUGAAAUUAAAUCAGGAAACCUUCCAAAAGCUAUCAUUCGGAGGUUUCAUUCUGGUUUUAUCAAUAUUAACAAUUUUAGCAAAACGUUUAUGCAAAACUUCCAAGCGUAAAACAUCUAUAGUCACAACCACCUGCGAAGAGACCCGGUUUCCCCCGGUUUUCAUCCCUAAAGACAAAGACAAAUCUUAUGGAGAUUCGGGACGAAUCCUUUCAAGGGAUGGAAUAGUUAACAACGCAACUAACUUUGCACCUCAACGCACCACGUGCAGCAGCGUCAGCAGAAGCAACCAUAACCCGGCUGGAAGUAUGUCGAUUGGCAACAACCCGUUAACGUGACCGGCACCUGUUCUGCUUUCAUCAGCAAAGGUGCCAGACUUCGAUCACCGAACCAUCGCCACAUGGAGACACUACCAGGAAUGCGAGGUCAAAUGAUUAGCCAAGU